GCGACACAGAAAAGGAAACUGACACCGAGCACGCCCACUCCGUCUGUGGCGGACGUUUUUGAAAAGGCAAGAAAGUUCUCCAGUGAUUCUGCCAAGGCAAAGGGCAUAACACACAAAAUUAUGGAAUUCAUUGCCUUAGAUGAUCAGCCGUUCUCUAUCGUAGAAGAUGUGGGAUUUCGUAGGCUGAUAGAUCACAUUGAGCCCCGUUAUGCUAUGCCAAGCAGACGACAUUUCUCAGACGUGUGUUUACCUGAGCUGUUUAAUAUCGUUGCAACUCAUGUCCAUGAGCUUCUAGCAUCAGAUAUUACAGCGAUCAGUUUCACGACCGACAUAUGGAGCUCCGACGUCAGCCUCACCAGUAUGCUCAGCCUAACCGCGCAGUGGAUCGACAAAGAUUUCAAGCUGCAAAAGAUUCUGCUCCAUUCACAAGAGUUUAGAGGCUCACACACAGCAGCAGCAAUUUCUGAUGCAUUUACCAAUAUGUGCGACACCUGGCAUAUCGACCGAUCUAAAGUGCAUGCCAUAGUGAGUGACAAUGCAAGAAAUAUGACAAAAGCGAUAGAAGACAGCCAGCUGAAAGGAAUACGGUGCAUGGCCCACACACUACAUCUGGCUGUGAACGAGGGAGUGUUGUCUCAGCGCAGCGUAAAAGACAUAUUGGCUAUAGGCAGAAGAAUAGUUGGCCACUUUAAACAUUCUCAGCUGGCCUAUUCCCGCUUACAGUCUAUGCAAGAUCAGCUUGGAACACAAAUAAAACGGUUCCAACAAGACGUGAGUACACGCUGGAAUAGCACUUUUUACAUGCUGGAAAGCCUCUUUGCACAAAAGCGAGUCUUGGCUGCUUACAGCGCAGAUCAUGAGCUCCCCGCGACAUUCACUUCACACCAGUGGGUCUUAAUAGAGAACAUUCUCUCUGUCCUUGCCCCCUUUGAGCAGCUAACGAAAGAGAUCAGCUCCUCUGAUGCAUCUGUUGCAGACGUAAUACCGUUAAUUGCGGCACUAAAGCGUCUUCUAAGUAAAGAAGUUGAGACGGACCACGGGGUGAAAACAAUCAAAAGUACACUCUUAGAGUCUGUCAAGAGACGUUUCACUGAGAGCAAUGAUGAUCCUCUGCACUUCAUCGCGACUGUACUUGAUCCGCGUUAUAAGGAUCAUUACUUGGAUGUGGGAAUAAAACAGCGCGCACGAGAAAUGAUCCAGGCCGCGAUGGAUGGGGACAACCCGCUUGGAGACGGGCCAGCGCACAGCGCAGGAGGAGAGCAGAGCGCCGAAAAAAGGACCCGUCACUCUGCACCAGAUGAGGGGCAUGCGCCUUCGUUGUCUGAUACGUUCAAUGAGAUCCUGCAAGAGAGUGCCCCAAACAAUAGGCAGCCAACAAGCUCAACCGCUCAACAAUUAGAUGGUUAUCUGUCUGAAGUCCCCAUCUCCAGAAGUGAUGACCCUCUUGCCUACUGGAGAAAUAACCAUGGCCGCUUUCCUGACCUGGCAAAGAUAGCACGCAAGUACUUGUCUGCGCCGUGCACAAGCACUGACAGUGAGAGACUGUUCAGUGCUGCAGCUCAUGUUCUUGAUGAGAAGAGGAACAGACUUCACUGUGACAAAGCAGAAAAGCUACUCUUCAUCAAGAAAAACCUGCCACUUUACCUCAAGAAGUAGAAUGGGCGUGUGUCUAGUGUUAAAAUAUUUGUUUUCCAGUUUGUGCAUCCACAAUUCUUGGUGGAUUUGUUGUUGAUAAAGGCUAUGGUAACCAUUGUUUUGAUACACUUUUAUGUUGUACACACAGAACAAAAUUUAAAAGGCACUUGACU